AUGGCCCCCUCCCUCUUCCUCCUCCGCCCCCUCCUCCGGCCCCAAACCCUCGGUCUCGGCCUCGGCCUAGCAACCUACGUCUCCUACCACGCUCUGAUCACCCCGCAUCGACCCAUCCGUCUCGACACGACGCCAAUCCUAUCGACCGAUUCCUACGCGCGCAACGCGAAGGUGCCGGUCUUGAAGGGAGGGCGCCGGCUGAACGAGAGGGCUGUGAGGCAGGUUAGUGCGGGAAGUAUUAUCGGUUUGGUCGCCGGUCUGGCUGUGAGCACUUUCUCCAAGUCGUUAGCUCUGAUCUUGGGAUUACUAGUAGUGGGAGCUCAAUAUGCCUCUUCCUACGGAAUCAAUGUUCUUCCUUACGAGCGCCUCCAGAGAUACGUCAAAGGUAUCGAUCUCCGCUCCGCCGUGCAAGACAAUGUCGCAUUCAAAGUCUCCUUCGGCACCACCUUUGCGCUAGCUGCCUUUAUGCAGUUUUAG